AUGACAAUGCGAUCGAAAACUUUCAGUGAUCGAAUACUCAAUGAUUCGGAAUUUUUCAAGUGGUGUCAAAAGGAAGAAUCGCGGAACGCCGAUUCGAUAACUCUCUACAAGUCGAUUCUUGAAUUCGAGUCCAAAUUCAAGAGCGGUUCUCCAUCACUAUCUCUUCUUAAAUUGGCUCGACACAUCCAUCGAAAAUACGUCAGUUUGAAUACUGGAACAUGCAACGUCAUUGAAGAUUCAACUCGGACUGAAAUGUCCAAAAGAGUUCAUGAGGUUCUUGAUGGAAAAUCCCCCUACAUCGAGUUGUUUGAUCCUUUGAAACAACCAUUGUUCCAACAUUUACGAUCUAUGCACACAGAAUAUUCCACGACUACAGCAGAUGUUAGCAAUACAUGGGAGGACACAUCAUCUACUGAUUCUUCUGAUAAAGGUGCCACUAUUUGGUUCAAUGACGACGCUAUAGAUCGAUCAUCUCGACACGAAAUUUCUCAAAAUACCGUAACGCAUGAGUCGGAAGACGACAGGUUUGCGUUUUUCAAUGCAGUUUGUACUCGACUCAACUCCUUACAAGAAACUAAAAAUUCGUCAGAAACGGAAGAAGAGAAAAAGAAAGAGAGAUCAGCGGAUCCAUAUGGGUCCGAUGGAUUUGCUCCACCUCCACAAAGCACGCAAACUCAUACGUUGAGAAAUCUUCCGAAAAGAUUUGAGUCACUUUAUAAAAAGAAAAGACAGCAAAAUACCACCACCACAGAUUCCAGCGGAUUCGGUAGUAAUGCCAGUGAUUUUUGGAGUUUUGAACGUUAUGGAAAGUCGAAUCAUGGUACACUUGAAAGACCGAAUCGUUUGUUUCCGGGAAGUAAUAAUGGGUUUUCGACACUCCAACCAAAGAAAAGAAGUGGAGAAAUCCAAAAACUGACAGUUGAACUACGCUAUGAAAAUGAUGUACCAAUGGUGGCAAAGAUCUCAGCAAACCAAUCUGUCACACUCAGAUAUUUUCGACAUUUAUUUGGACUUCAUUAUUCUGAUAAUUGCAGAUUUUUCUUCAAAUCAACAUGUGAAGACGGCUCGGCUCACUAUCAAUGGACAUUGCUCUUCCAGGACGAUGAUAUUCUUCCAGUUUUUCAAAAUAGAAUCACAGCAAUUUGUAGGAUGUGCCCUCCGCCUCCAGAAGAUCAUCACUUGAUUUGA